GGUAGGUAUCCUCCAAAUGUCUAUGCCUUUUGUCCUACGAACUGCUUUCCUCGCUACUCGUCGUUUUUUCGUAUUACAACUUCGGAGAAAAUAUGCCGUUGUGUUUUUUCCUUCUGCGCUUGGUACUGUUGGUUUUGCUCUCGCUGGUUUCUCUCAAGUACGUAAGGUUCUCGCUGAAACCACUCCAUCGCAAGAGAGCCAUCAGGAUGCUAUCACGCUACCUGAACUGCAGUCUUGGCAUUACGAAAGAUUUAGCGGCUUUGCUUCUCUAGAAUUCGAUGGCGAACUCUUUUUAUCCCCAUCGGACUUUGUCAGAUGCGCUUCUGGUGUCACACAAUCACACAAAGUCAAACGUCGUGUGCUUUCAGAAUCUGAAGUCAAGCAUAUGAUCCGUAGUACUCCAUCAUUAUCGCAAUCCACUCCCUUCCUUUUCCGUGACCUUGGAUGCAACGGCAUCAUAUCUUUCACAGAAUACCUGUUCUUGAUAUCCAUACUAACCCAUCCCCGAAGUAAUCUUCAUAUCGCUUUCAAACUUUUUGACAGAGAUUGCAAUGAUCAGGUCGAUCUGGCAGAAUUUCGAAAGAUUACUUCAAUUUUUUCUUGUUAUUAUGCCGGAAAAACCCACGGAACUCUGGAGGUGUCAGAAGGUAUCCAAACCACCUUGAGUAGGCAUCUUUUCGGAAAAUCUGGUACCAGUAAACUCAAGUUUGAUGACUUUUCGAGGUUUGUGGACAAUCUGCAGUCGGAGGUUCUCCUUGUCGAGUUUAACCACUUCGCAGCUAGCCAGCGGACUAUGCAACCUAUAGAACUUGGUCGUUCUCUCAUACGUUUCGCCAAAUUGACAUCCACAGUGGAAGAGCGUCUUUCUAAACUAGAAGGUGAUGCCUCACUUACGGGAAAGACAAUUGAUUUUGGAGCGUACAAAGCUCUGUUCAACUUUUUGUAUGUUAUCGAUGACUUUUCAUCUGCCCUUCAAAUGUUCAUACUCGCCAAAACGAGCAUCUCUAAAAUCGAGUUCCAACGCGCUGCUCGUGCUGUUACUGGAGCAUUUCUGGACCCUGUGGUUGUGGACACCAUCUUCGUCCUCUUCGACGCCGAUGGAGACGGACACUUGAGCUCGGCCGAGUUCAUCGAGGCGAUCCGUGCUCGCAGUCUUGGUUCCCGCGCUUCUUUGAAUCACAACAAAUCUCGGUUAGAGGCCUUCAGGCGUUGCGUCGGAAGACAGCUCUAUCACAGCUGACUGAUCGCUAUGUGAAUAUUCUUGAUGAGUUAAUCCCAGCGACUUCUUCCCUGUGUCGUAUCCGGAGCUGUGCGAAUUGGAGCAUGCACUAACCUCACCACACUUGUACAUAUACCGAAGUAUGAACGCAGUCUUUCUCCAUAACAGCAAUCGUGCUCUUGUCGUAUCAUACUUAAAGCCUGAAUUUAUUGUAUUUCCUUUCUUUUUUCUUUGGCUACUUCGCACUCUUCCCACUUCUUUUACAUGCAUAUCAAAUGUGGUUUCACAUGCUUUUCGUCUGUGGUUCACAGUCACGAAAUAAAUGAGCUCCGCAGCCC